AUGCCUUUGGCUUUUAGCCAACCACCGACCCCGAGUCUAAGUCGUCGGUCCACGUUACACGGGCAUCAUGAACGGCGCAGCACCCACCCUCACCUCUUAUCUUCGCGUCGAAAGCCGAGGAGAGAUACUAAGAGAGGUUGUAGAUGGCCACUAGUCUUCCGCUUCAUCAAGGGCGCAAUCCAUGGGGAGAUCCUCAUUCCAGUCUUCCUGCAUUCUUUAUUUACGGCCUUCGUCGUCUACCUCGAUACCUACGUGUUCGACACCGUAGGACUACCAAGUACCAUUAUCCCCUCCCUCUCCAUCGUCGUAGGUUUAAUGCUUGUCUUCCGAAACCAGACCUCAUACAACCGAUUCUGGGACGGACGUAAUGGCAUGAGCACCAUGAACACCUGCGUCCGAAAUCUAGUUCGCACAAUAUCAACAAAUAGCUACAGUGCCACACGGGGACCCCCAACCCCAUCCGAGCGCGAAGACAUCGAGCGCACAAUCCGAAUCUUAAUGGCUAUUCUCUACGCGGUGAAGAACCAUCUUCGCGCCGAAUGGGGCGCUGCGUGGGCUUUGGGUGGGAUUCUCGGACACGACGUGGAUGAGCGUGGUACUGCUGUGUAUAACCCAGACUACGCGGGCCUGUUACCAGCUGGCCUGGAAGGACACGAAGAUGAAGGGCUAGGCUUACCGUUCCAGCUUACUUUCUUCGUGGAUGGGUUUAUUAAGCGUGGAGAAAUGAGAGGGUGGUUCCCUGCGCCUGGAGCGAGUCAGUUGCAGGCACAGUUGAAUACACUGCUUGAUGCUUAUGGAAGGAUGGAGACUAUUAAGUUGACUCCUAUGCCUGUGGCUCAUCUGAUUCACCAGAAGCAAGUACUCGCCUUGUUUGGCUGUGUGCUACCAUUUGCGAUGGUCGAUGAAAUGGGGUGGUGGGCCAUUCCUAUUGUCAGUUUGGUGAUCUUUACGCUUUAUGGCAUAGAAGGUAUUGGAUCCCAGCUGGAAGAUCCAUUUGGCUACGAUAGAAACGAUAUCAAGAUGGAUGCCUUGGUAGGUGACUCGAAGACGGAGAUCGAUGUUGUUUUAUCGGAGUGGCGCGAUCAUUGUAAGACUAUGGAUCAGAUCUGGCACGCAAAACACGGCGAGCGAUGUAUGGAUGGUGCUCACAUUGUCAAAGGGGAAGAAAAGUACAUGGAGCCGGACUUGUUUCUGAAGUCGAAGAGGAUGGUAGCGACAUGA